AGUGUAGUGCAUGCAUUUUAAUCAUUUCUAUCUGUCUCGGAUUUACUGCCUGAAGGAUCUAUAUGAAGGAUACAUUUCCCAAGAAGGAAAUCUUCACACAAAAGAAAUUUCCAACUUGUUUGUAAGAAAUGGCAACAGGAUCAAAGUUUUUGGACAAUGCAAUUAUAAGAGGCCAUUCUCACUUUCUCACUGCCUCUAAUCAUCUUCAUGUAUUAAAAAGUGGGGCAAACUCAUCAAUAGCAUCAUCACCUGAAAACCUUUUCUCAUGUUCAAAUCCUACUUCAAUGAAAGAAGAGGCACCUUUAGCCACUUGGAUUAGUCAUAUCCCUGCAAAGUUCAAUGUCCAUCAAGACAUCAAGAAUGGCAAAGAGAAAAACCAAUCCAAUUCUAUCUUCCCAGCCUCAGACACAAAAAACAGCUCCAUUCCUCUAAAUCUUUUAGAAACUCUCCCACCAUUAACCAUAGCACCAUGUUUUGAUGAACCAGUAACUUCCUUAGCAUCCUCUUCUGCCAUACCAAAAUUUCCAAACUUGACUUUGUUUUUGCAGGAACCUUCCUUGGUGUACUCAUCAAUAUCAUCCUCAAAUAUCAAAGGUGGUGAAGUCAUGUCAGCAACUUCAGACCCCUCAUAUCAUGUGUCUCAGUUUGUCCAAAACCAGCAUCAAGCAGGUAGUGGGGAUGCACACAAAAUGAACAAGAGCCUAUCAAAUUCACAGUCCAAGUCUUUCGACGAGAAUUGGUUGAGUGCCACUAGGACUCAGCCUAUGAAGAAUGGUGGAAGAGGCAAGCUGUUUAAAGGUGUGAGGCAAAGACACUGGGGGAAAUGGGUAGCUGAGAUUAGAUUACCAAGAAACAGGACAAGGGUUUGGCUAGGGACUUUCGACACAGCCGAAGACGCCGCCAUUGCAUAUGACACAGCAGCAUAUAUACUAAGAGGCGAGUAUGCUCAGUUGAACUUCCCUGACCUCAAGCAUGUAAUUCAGGCAAAUUCUCUAAAUGGAACCACUGCUGCACUUGUGGAGGCAAAACUACAAGCAAUAUCAAAAGGUGGUUCUUCUCAUAGGAAGCCAACUGAUUCACCACCAGGGUCAAGCAAUAAGCACAAUGAUGAGAAUGGCAAAUUGAAAAGUAUAAGUGGCAAGGAUUCAUCCAUAAGGCUUGGAGCUGAGAUAACUGAGAGAAGCAAAAGCACACACCAUGAGACAUCAGAUGUGGAAGGUGUUCAGUUAAGUAGAAUGCCCUCCUUAGACAUGGACAUCAUUUGGGAUGAACUUUUUGUCUCGAAUUCAUAACCAUUUUUUUUUCUACUUUGAAAGCACACAUACAAUAGCUCUUGUUUUAUCUACAAUUAUAUUUCUCAUUUGGACCACAACUUCAGCUAGAAGCACAUUACCUAGUUCUAGAUUUUGCAGUUCCUAUCCCACACUGAAUCUUCGGGCUCCUAUUUUCCUAUAAUGAUGUAUUGAAAUUAGUAUCCUUUUUAACACCCUUUCUUCAGGGUCAUUUAUAGAUAGAAUUUAAGUUUCCACCAAUUAUUAUCAUGCUAAGGGUUCACAGAUUGUUUUGCUUCUGAACAAAACACUUGCUUGGUUCAACGGCUGUUUGAGUCUUUGAGAAAUACCUAGCCAACAUUGAGAACAAGGGUAGAGAUUGUGAUUUUUAAGAAUUAUUCACCUGUAUUGAUCGCUUUGCAUAGAUUUAUAGGCAAAAAAAAAUAACAGAGAAGCCAAUAGUAUAACUUUAUGCUUUGUGUUUGAAA